AUGUCCUCUCACACAACACUCCAAGCUCCAUCAGCCGAACGAGCACCUAACACAAAUAUUGUGUUACUCAAAGCGGCUGUAAGAGACAUUGAAGAGAUGAAGAUUACUCACCUUGCAUUCAAGGAUCUAACAGACAAACGUGUCAAGAUUCUGAAUGCCAAAAACCUCCUCUUGAAGCAGGACAAUCUGCAGAUGAAAGCUGACAUUGAAAGCCUGAAAAAACAGGUUGACUUCUUGAACAAAAACAUGGGUGUAGAAUGUGUGGAGUACGACAAUAAUGGAGAGGACCAGGCAGCCGAACAAGUCAAUAACAAUGAUGCAAGCACAACACAGUCACUUACCAACACCAAUAUUUCCCUUUCCAACAUUGAUCCGUCAAGUGUUGAUUUGGAGACCCUGUCACCGGAACAAAAAGAGAAUAUAAGCCUUGAAGUGGCCGACUCAAAAAUUGUCAAGCUAUCAACAGGAUGCUAUAAAUGA